CUUCCCGCCCCCUGCGCCGCCCCCUCCGGAGCUGAGUGGGCUGCGUUCCGCUUGGAACGCGCCGCAGAAGCAGGGUGCUGGUGACGACUGCAGCGUUCGCUCCCUCAGUCCGCUCGCCGGCCCGUCGCCCUCCACCGCUGCACCCCGCAAACCCGCCCCCUCCCGUGCCAGGCAAGGUGACCCCAUGGCAGAGCGCAAGCCAGAAGGGUCCAGCUUCUACAUGACCUGUCUUUCCAUGUCUUUGGCCUAUUGCUUUACCACAGAUGCCAGUACGCAACCCCACCCUAAGGUGGGAAACACCCAGCAACAAACAAAGUUAGGGAAGGAACUGACCGGCACCAUGCCCUACCAAUACCCAGCGCUGACCCCAGAGCAGAAGAAGGAGCUCUCUGACAUCGCUCACCGCAUUGUGGCUCCGGGCAAGGGCAUCCUGGCUGCAGAUGAGUCCACUGGGAGCAUUGCCAAGCGGCUGCAGUCCAUCGGCACCGAGAACACCGAGGAGAACCGGCGCUUCUACCGCCAGCUGCUGCUGACUGCCGACGACCGUGUGAAUCCCUGCAUUGGGGGUGUCAUCCUCUUCCACGAGACACUGUACCAGAAGACAGACGAUGGCCGCCCCUUCCCCCAAGUCAUCAAAUCCAAGGGCGGUGUUGUGGGCAUCAAGGUGGACAAGGGCGUGGUACCCCUGGCAGGAACGAACGGCGAGACUACCACCCAAGGGCUGGAUGGGCUGUCUGAGCGCUGUGCCCAGUACAAGAAGGACGGAGCCGACUUUGCCAAGUGGCGCUGUGUGCUGAAGAUUGGGGAACACACCCCCUCAGCCCUUGCCAUCAUGGAAAACGCCAACGUGCUGGCCCGUUAUGCCAGCAUCUGCCAGCAGAAUGGCAUCGUGCCCAUCGUGGAGCCCGAGAUCCUCCCUGAUGGGGACCAUGACUUGAAGCGCUGUCAGUAUGUAACCGAGAAGGUGCUGGCUGCUGUCUACAAGGCUCUGAGUGACCACCACAUCUACCUGGAAGGCACUUUGCUGAAGCCCAAUAUGGUAACCCCAGGCCACGCCUGCACCCAUAAAUACUCUCAUGAGGAGAUUGCCAUGGCAACUGUCACAGCUCUGCGCCGCACGGUGCCCCCCGCUGUCACUGGGAUCACCUUCCUGUCUGGAGGCCAGAGUGAGGAGGAGGCUUCCAUCAACCUCAACGCCAUCAACAAAUGCCCCCUGCUGAAGCCGUGGGCCCUGACCUUCUCCUAUGGCCGAGCCCUGCAGGCUUCUGCCCUGAAGGCCUGGGGUGGAAAGAAGGAGAACCUGAAGGCUGCCCAGGAGGAGUAUGUCAAGCGAGCCCUGGCCAACAGCCUCGCUUGCCAAGGAAAGUACACCCCAAGUGGUCAGGCUGGGGCCGCAGCCAGCGAGUCUCUCUUCAUCUCUAACCAUGCCUACUAAGCGGAGGUGUCCUAAGGCUGCCCCCUCGACACUCCAGGCCCCGUCCCCUCCCACACUCACUCUGGAGGAGGGGACUUCACCCAGGGCUCCAGGCUGCUCUUUCCCAUCACUUUUGCCUCCCAUGUGACAUUGGUGUGUGGUGUUGUCUGUAUAUGCUAACUCCACUGCUCUUUCCAGCCCACUGCCAAUAAACAUCUAUUUAAGGGGGA